AUGGGCUGCAUGGCGAGCUCACAGCGGAUUGAUGUAUCCAGGGCUCCUACGGUCAGUUCAUGGCAAGACGCACGGAAGGGGGAGACCAUAGUAUCAGCCAUCGUGAGGUUAGAUGAUGAAAUAGCCAAGAGUGAGAAGCCACACCCCCUGGCCAGGCUGGCCGUGGUCACCGCCGAGAUGGAGAGCAUACAGCAGGAAAUCAACACAUUUGAAGAAACAACGAGACCCAUGGUAACUCAAGAAUCAUAUGCCAAAACUAUUCAUCAAUUGUUCGUAAGUUUGGACUUGUACAGGCGCCCGUUGUUGGCUUCGGAAAAUGAAGACUUUGUCGCGAAUGUUAAUCGUAAGGAAAUGCGUCGUUUGGAGUUGUGCUGGCUUCAGACCAGGCAGAGCGAGCUACAAUCCGAGCGUAGGAUCUUACACGCACAAAUUCUUCGUACGAGGUCGCUGUAUGCACAGCUGCAGCAAUUAAUGGACACACUAUGGGGCUUCAAUUCUCGUCCGGGGACUCCGCUAGAAGGCGAGCUGUCCCGGGCGCGCGGUCUGCGGGACGCCCUCGCUUCAGUCAGCGCACGAUUGCGCGCCGCCGCGGAGUACGCGCAUGCCGCUGUUCGUUUAUUGGACGACGCCUUGCCGGCUUGGAAGAUGACUUCGGUGGGCAAGAGUGGUUGGGAGCGCACUACAGCGUGUGCCGACGCCUGCCGCUUUUUGGUCCAGGCACGCUGUCUGGAGCGAGGAGCUAGAAGAGUACUGGCCGCCCCGGCGGCGCCCAGGGCCGCUAGGACCCUGAGAUUAGCCCUGGAUUAUGCCUUUACAGAUGCCCUACACGACCAUAAGUAUCAGAGAGCCACUGAAAUAUUCAUUCAAUUUAAAGAAGCAUUGGUUCAGCUAAUUGAUUCUAUUCACAAAGUGCUAUUGAAUAACCUGGAGAACCUGUCAGUGGCCGAGUCCGAGGUGCUGAAGUACCAACAAGAGCUGCGAGCGACGCGGGUCAACGCGAUCGUGCAGAAGGGACUCGGGGACUUGAAGUAUGAAUCCAAGACGCUCAAUAAUUUGAAAACGCAAGUCAAAUGAAGAAACAAUAUCACCAACAAAUAAAUAAUUCUUUUGAAGGUCCAGAAAUAACUCUACUUAAACUUGUUAUCGGAUGUUCGUCCGUAGUGUUUGAAUUAUAAACUAAGGUUUUGGUCUAGAUAGGUGAAACUUUGCACAAAAGGUAGUGACUAGACAGUUUC